ACUUCCAUUUCAAUCUUUCUUCGCCCUAAAAAUCCCAAUCACCUUUUCUCACUCACGCCGUCACUCCUUUCUCUCUAAGACUCUAACCCCUUUUUCCGAUCUUCCUCCGUCUCCAUUUCUCACUCACCCAGCGCCAGCGGUUCCUCGUCUCCGAAACCCCAAACGCCGCCGUUACAGAUCCGUCAGAAUUUUGCGAAAAAGUUAUUCAACAUUAAAGCAUAGGCGGCUGUGUUUGAUGAGUCUAGCUGCUUAAAUAUAACCUGUCUGACAUCAUGGAAAAUGUCCCAAGUUCUCUGACUGCUGAAAAGUUGGAGACAGAUACACUUGCUAUUAAGAAUGAAGAGCAGGGAGAACCAUCAAAGGAUUUGAAAUCUCCAUGUAUCAGCGGUGGUGGUCCUAAGUUAGACUAUAAUCAUGGAGAAGAUAAAUUGGUUGACAAGACGGACAUCAGUGGGGAUCUGUACUGCAAAGAUCAGGGAGACAAAUUAGACACUGAUCAAUGUCACAGAGACAUGGGUGUGAAGAGCAGUGACAGCAGUAAUUCCAAGUUCAACACUGAAGUAAUAGAGAUGGACUCGGAAAGGGGACAAAUGAACCCUGCUGAUAAGGUGGAUUUAAAUGCUAAAGAACAAAAAUUAGACAAUGAUCAGGGAGACAAGUUAGAGAAUGAUAAAAGUCGCAGAGACAUGUGUGAGAAGAACAAUGACAGCAAGGAUUUCGAGUUUAAGACUCAAGAAAGAGAGUUGAGCUCAAACAAAGGAUAUAAGAGCCCUGCUGAUAAGGUGGAGUCAGAUGCUAAAGAAGAAGAUCUAUACAAUGAUGGUAAACAUGUGGAAUCUAAAGCAUUAGAGGAGACAGACAAAGCUUUUGGCAAGGAUAAGGAGCCAGAACCGGUCUAUGAUAGAACAGAGGUCUCAGGGCUGGAAGCUCAGACAAGCUUGUCCAUCCAUUCUCUGGAUCAUGAUUCAGAGACCUCUGGAGUAGUUGAAAAGGCAGUAGCACUUAAAAAUUUUGUUAAGGUUAAGAGUGUAGUCGCAGUCAGCAGUUUCCUUCGCCGCAUUUCUGGAUACGGUAACGAAGAUGGACCGGAUGUUGCAGCUAAGAAUUUUUCUGAUUCCAGUAAGGACAGUGAAGUUGGAGUUGCCUCUCAGAGUACAUUGGAAAAAUCGUUAUGGAAUCCCCUUAGCUUUAUUAAAAUGUACCAAGAUGUUGAUGGAACAAAUAAAGCUGACGGUGCAAAUGAUGAACCAGGACAACCUUUAGCCAUGAAAGGGAGAAUAAUACUGUACACUAGGUUAGGAUGCCAAGACUGCAAAGAUGCUAGGUUAUUUUUGUAUUGGAAGAAGCUCAGAUAUACUGAGAUCAAUCUUGAUGUGUACCCUAGUAGAAAGCAGGAGAUAGAGAAAUUUUCUGGGUCUUCUACUGUUCCUAAGGUAUUCUUCAAUGAAGUCCUUAUUGGAGGGAUGAGUGAACUAAAGGGGUUGGAUGACUCUGGUAAGCUUGAUGAGAAGAUUGAUUAUCUGAUUAGCGAAGCACCAUCAUUUGAAGCUCCUUUGCCCCCACUUUCAGGUGAAGAUGAUGUUUCCAAUAGUGGAGCUAUUGAUGAACUGGCUAUUAUUGUCCGGAAAAUGAAAGAAUUUGUUGUUGUGAAGGAUCAGUUAUACAAAAUGCAUUGGUUCACAAAGAGUUUUUCAGGUUCAGAAGCAGUGGAUUUUUUGUCAGAGGAUCAGUAUCUAGAAAGGGAGGAGGCUAUUGAAUUUGGUAGGAAGCUUGCAAGCAAACUCUUCUUUCAACAUGUUCUUGAGGAAAAUUUGUUUGAGGAUGGGAACCACCUGUAUCGGUUUUUGGAUGAUGAUCCAGUUGUAUCUCAAUGUCACAACAUCCCGAAGGGUAUAAUUGAUGUGAAGCCUAAGCCCAUCAAUCAAAUUGCAUCAAGGUUGCGAUUUAUUAUGUGUGCCAUCUUGGAAGCCUAUAUAUCAGAAGAUGGAAAACAUAUUGACUACAGAAGUAUCCAUGGAAGUGAGGAAUUUGCAAGGUAUCUGAGAACAGUAGAGGAGCUCCACAGAGUAGAACUGCAGGAUCUGCGGAGGGAGGAUAGCCUUGCUUUCUUUAUAAAUCUCUACAAUAUGAUGGCCAUCCAUGCAAUACUGGUCUGGGGUCAUCCAGAUGGAGGACUAGAACGAAGGAAGUUGUUUGGAGACUUCAAAUAUGUAAUCGGUGGGUCUGCUUAUUCACUUUCAGAUAUCCAAAAUGGUAUUUUACGGGGGAACCAGCGACCACCAUACAAUCUCAUGAAGCCAUUUAAUCCAAAAGAUAAACGUGCCAUGAUGGCUCUUCCUUAUCCAGAGCCUCUUAUUCAUUUUGCGCUGGUUUUUGGUACUCGAUCUGGCCCUGUUCUCCGAUGUUAUUCUCCAGGGGAUAUUGACCAAGAAUUGAUGGAAGCAGCACGUAGCUUCUUACAAAAUGGAGGUCUUAUUAUCGAUUUUGAUACCAAGGUUGCAUCAGCUACUAAGAUUCUUAAAUGGUUUAGCAUAGAUUUCGGUAAGAAUGAGAUGGAGGUACUGAAACACUCAUCAAACUACUUGGAACCAUCUAUUUCAGAAGCCUUACUGGAGUUGCUUGCAACCUCUCAGCUGAAGGUGAUAUAUCAGCCUUAUGAUUGGGGUUUGAACUGUUAACAUUAGUUUAAUAGCUUUUCUUUCAUGCACCAUAUAUAGCUUGUAUAGGUUCUCUUGUUUUAGAUAUUAGCAUGAGUGACGUUAUGAGCUACUAUAGUUAUUGAUAUGCCCAUUUGUAGUGUGAAGACAUAGAUGUAACUCAUAUGUUUGAGACAUAGGUCGGCUUAGGCUUUGAAAACAUGCUAGGGUGGUCUUGGUCUUAACUCUUAAGUUUAUCAACUUAAAGUUUUAUGCCCUUUACGUUGUCAAGCCUAGU